AGGAGAAUUAUACUUUAAUGUAAUAUAGGUUGUAUACUAUGGAUGGGAACUGUUAAAGUUUAUGAUGUCAGAAACUUCUCUUAGACCAAAGCUGUCUUCUACAAAGGUAACAGAUUGGGUAGAUCCAUCAUUUGAUGAUUUUUCGGUGAAUGCAAGUCUCUCUACCAUCAUUACCACAUCAGUUGGUGUGAAUAACUCAAAUCGUAGAAGAAAAAAUUUUCCUUCCACAUUAAGAAAUGGUAGAUGUCCACCUGGAAAAAGAGGAAAAUUAUCUUCCUCAGAACAGACUUUUCUAGAAAAUUCAAAAGAGUGCCUACCUGACAAUGAACCAUGGGUGGAUAAAUACAGACCAGAAACUCAGCAUGAACUUGCUGUGCAUAAAAAGAAAAUCGAAGAAGUUGAAAAUUGGUUAAAAACUGAAAUCUUGGAAAGGCACCUCAAACAGCGUGGCUCUAUUUUAUUAGUAACGGGUCCUCCUGGAUGUGGAAAAACAGCCACUAUAAAAAUACUCUCAAAGGAGUAUGGUAUUCAAGUUCAAGAAUGGAUUAAUCCAGUUUUACCAGACUUCCAAAAAGAUGAUUUCAAUGAGAUGUUUAAUCCUGAAUCAAGCUUUCAUAUGUUUUCGUAUCAGUCUCAGAUAGCAGUUUUUAAAGAGUUUCUUCUAAGAGCAACCAAGUACAACAAACUACAAAUGCUUGGAGAUGACCUAAGAACUGAAAAGAAGAUAAUUCUGGUUGAAGAUUUACCUAAUCAGUUUUAUCGAGAUUCUCAUACUUUACAUGAAGUUCUAAGGAAGUAUGUACAGAUCGGUCGGUGUCCUCUAGUAUUCAUCAUUUCUGACAGUGUGACUGGGGAUAGUACUCAGAGGUUGCUGUUUCCCAAGGAAAUACAAGAAGAGUGUAGUAUUUCAAAUAUUAGUUUCAAUCCUGUGGCUCCAACAAUUAUGAUGAAAGUUCUGAGUCGAAUAAUGACAAGAGAAACUAAUAAGAAUGGAGGUAAAAUUAUUGUCCCGGAUAAAACAUCUCUAGAAUUGCUCUGUCAAGGAUGUUCUGGUGAUAUCAGGAGUGCAAUAAACAGUCUCCAGUUUUCUUCAAAAGGAAACAACUUAUGGACAAGGAAAACAGGAGUGUCUUUAAAAUCAGAUGUACUGACAAAAUCAAAAAGAAGAAAAAGAACUGAUGGCGUUUCUGAAAAUCACGAGGUUCAAACUCUUGGUGGCAAAGAUGUUUCUCUCUUUCUCUUCAGAGCUUUGGGGAAAAUACUAUAUUGUAAGAGAGCACCUCCAGCGGAAUUAAACUCGCCACGAUUGCCUUUGCAUUUAUCAGAGUAUGAACGGGAUACAUUGCUUAUUCAACCAGAGGAAGUAGUGGAAAUGUCACACAUGCCUGGAGAGUUAUUUAAUUUAUAUCUUCAUCAAAACUAUGUAGACUUCUUCACGGAUAUAGAUGAUCUUGUGAGAGCCAGUGAAUAUCUAAGUUUUGCAGAUAUCCUCAGCAGUGAUUGGAAUACACGCUCGUUACUCAGGGACUAUAGCACAUCUAUAGCUACAAGAGGUGUGAUCCAUUCCAACAAAGCCCGAGGAUUUGCUCAUUGUCAAGGAGGAGGAUCAGGUUUUCGGCCCUUGCACAAACCUCAGUGGUUUCUAGUAAAUAAAAAGUACCGAGAAAAUUGCCUGGCAGCAAAAGCACUUUUUUCUGACUUCUGCUUACCAAGUUUAUGCCUCCAGACACAGUUGUUGCCGUACCUUGCUUUGCUAACCAUUCCAAUGAGAAAUCAAGGUCAAAUUUCUUUCAUCCAGGAUAUUGGAAGGCUUCCUCUGAAACGACACUUUGGAAGGUUGAAAAUGGAAGCACUGACUGACAGAGAACAUGGAGUGAUGGACCUUGAUAGUGGAGACGAAGCUCAGCUCCUCACAGGUCAGCCUGCAAAGGAAGCUUCGAGUGAUCCUGCUCACAGAACUGACCUGGAAACCUGCUUGCUUCCUUUAAGUCAGAAUAGUGGAAGUGAUCUGCCAGCCAGCCAGCCUCGGCCCUUCUUAGCCCAGGAGGAUACAGACGAGGAAGAAGUCAUGGUCAUAGAGGACUAUGACAGUGAUGGGACAUAGACACCAUGCUGCCAUCACAUCGCUACUUGACUGAUGCUCAUAUUGCUUUUACUCAGUGACAGAGAGAGAGAAGAUACUUUUCAGGUGACUUGCAGUUUAUUCGUUCUUGCAGUGUUUCAGCACAAGGAACUGACUCCACUGUCAUCCUGAAGUAAAUAGAAGAUGCAGCCUCUAAAGUAAUCUCUUACCCUUUUUUUGGGUUGGAAUGCAGGCCGCACCCUGACCUGCUGGUCCAGGUAGUGGCCACACCCAGCAGAGCCAGGGAGCCUUGCUGACCCCUGGGUCAUGCAGAGCACAUGCUCCACAUUUUCAGCCUCAUCCCUGGUCCCUGUAACUCUUUAGUAUUUAUUGAGUCUUGUGUGUGAUACCAGAAGUAUAUCCGAACAUUAUGCUAAAUCUCAAAAUGUGAAGGAACUGAAAAUAUAGAAAGUUUAUGGGGGUUGUAAAUAUGAAAUGUAAAAUAGUUCAUGGUUACAGUUAUAAGUGUAAUUAAAACAUCUGUGCCUUAUUCAAUUUCCUUGGUUUCUAGCUUCUCAGAUACUAUCAUUAGCUAUUGUACAAUGGAGUAGUUUACAUUCGGAAGAGUUAUUUACAUAAUUUAUAUGAGAAUUAAAAUGUUGAACUUC